GUUUUUUCUUUUUUUUUUUUUUGCGACGAACAUGUCUGUGUUCGGUGAACGAGUGAUGGUGAAUGCUCCAGUGACUGCGGCGUGUUUCUUGACUCAGGAUCUCGUUGCUGUUGGGCAAGGGAACAUUUUGGAGAUCUACGAGGUCCCUGGAGGGAAGCAAGUUUAUCAGGCUGAAGUGCUGCGAAGAGGAACGGAUAUCAAGGGACUGAAGUUUGUCGAUCAUGACGCAAAAUGGCGGCUUCUUGCUUUCGGAGAUCGUUUUUUAGUGAUCGUUUCGCUGAAGACUGAGAGUUUUUCGAGCAACAGGAGAAUAGAAGUGAAAAAGCCCAAUGAAAACCUGACGUGCGAAGAUUGGCUAAUUUCCGUCGACAUUCUCUCAAACGGAAGUGAAGAGGAAUUGAUUUUGCUAACCGCGCAUAACCGAGUGCAAAUAUUCGUCGACCAUCAUCGAAAGGCCUUGGAUUGUUGUUGCACGGAUCAAUCUUUAGUUGUCUGUGGUCGAGUUUUACGAGAAGCAAAUGACGACCUGAUCGUGAUCACUGGGACGAUGUUCUCCGAGGUGCUGAUCUGGUCGUGUUGCGGAAAUGAAGACAAGGAAUCCGUGAUUUUACAUCGGUUGAAAGGUCAUCAAGGAAUCGUGUUCCACGUUCAGAUCGAUCCCACGAGGAAGUACCUCCUGUCCACCUCGGACGAUCGGUCAGUGAGGAUUUGGACUAGAGUAGAAGGCGAUUCGUGGAGUUCUGCGAAAUUUCAAUGUUCACCGGCGUUGUACGGACACGGUGCCCGGGUUUGGGCAGCGGAUUUUCUCGGAGGCAUGUUGGUUGCUUCUGCUGGGGAGGAUUCGCAAGUGUGCGUGUGGAACUGGAACACGAAUUCGUUGCAUCAUCGGCUUUCUGCUCACGGAGGGGCUUCUUUGCGAUGUUUGGCUGUUUCGAGGGAAUGUCGCGCGAUGUUCACGCCCGCGAGUGAAGCUGCAGGAAUCGUGUUCCACGUUCAGAUCGAUCCCACGAGGAAGUACCUCCUGUCCACCUCGGACGAUCGGUCAGUGAGGAUUUGGACUAGAGUAGAAGGAGAUUCGUGGAGUUCUGCGAAAUUUCAAUGUUCACCGGCGUUGUAUGGACACGGUGCCCGGGUUUGGGCAGCGGAUUUUCUCGGAGGCAUGUUGGUUGCUUCUGCUGGGGAGGAUUCGCAAGUGUGCGUGUGGAACUGGAACACGAAUUCGUUGCAUCAUCGGCUUUCUGCUCACGGAGGGGCUUCUUUGCGAUGUUUGGCUGUUUCGAGGGAUUCGGACGCUUUCGUGACUGGAGGAUCAGACGGGGCCUGCAAGUAUUUCCCGAACCCACGUCCCGCCGUUCGAACCAGAUUCAAGCCCGGCCCGGCCAUUCGCUCAGUUCAUAGCGUCGACAAUAUCGGAAGUCACUUAUUCGUCACCUGCGUUUCCGGUUUACUCCAGCUAGUGUCUUGUCUCGAUAAUAAUAACGGACAAGUCAAAUGGGAAUCCGACGAGUCGGCACUGUUGAACAGUUACGCUUGUUCGGACGUGGCGAUUAAUUGCGAGACUGAAGGAGGAGGUUUUCGCGUAGUGUGUGCCGGGCUUGGCCCGGUUUUGCUUUUUUUGAAAUUUCGGGAAACGGAUUAUUGUUGUUGGACGUGCGAUGAUCGGAAGGAAGUCGACGUGGGGGAAUUUUGUCGAAGUAAGAUAUGUUUCGUCAAGUGGCUGGGAGAAGAUGUUCUGGUUUCGGAUGCGGAAGGACAAACGGUUCUCGUUGGAACAGAAAUCAGCCUGCUGAAAAGAAAUGGUCCUGCGAAAUCCACGUGGGCUACUGCAGCUGCUGUGUCGACAAAUUUGACGCAAAUAUUACUGGGCUACCGAGAUGGAGCAAUUCAGCUUUUCCAUCGUCACAAAAUUGGUGAUGAAUGGAAUGCUGUGGGAACUGAGAAACGCAACAUUUUUGGCAAACACGGUGCUUCUACAUUGGUUUUUGACGAACGAAGAGGAGUUUUUUGGGGUGCUGGAAGAAAGGGAGUCAUUUUCGCGUGGAAAGCGGAUUCUACUGGGUUGCAUUUACUGGAGAAAAGCUCAUCAAAGCACGAGUGGAUCGGGUCCAUUACGGUCUUCCAUCACGAAUUGCGAAUCGUAACGUUCCAUUCCAGGUACUGUGUUAUUCAUGAUGAACAAGGCGAGGAAAUUUGGAGAGUGGAUUGCGGCGGAGGGCAUAGGUCAUGGGCAAUUUCCUCCGACAAUUCGAAAUUCUUUUUUGUCAAAGAAGGAAUUUUGUAUAUGGAGCAGAAAAGCCAAGGUUGUGUCGCGACCAAUGUUUUAAAG